AGUAGAGGUGUAAAGUAUGAUUUCACAUUCAGCAUGGCAAGAUGGCAGCCAGACACAAUAUAUCUUCCAAACUCUUCCUUUCCAUCAGGACCAUUGUCUUUGCCCCCAGAACUUGAUAUAAGAUCCACUGUAGCACCUCCUAUAUAUAGGCCCCUGACAGCAAGUAGUGUAAAUGAAGAAAUCAUCCUACUUGCUGAAUUUUCUGAGAUCGAGGGCCCAAUGCCGCUGUUGACAAUCCCACAAUGUCAGCCCUCACACUUGGACUUAAAUGACUUUGUAGUGAAAGUGAUGUCAACAGAUUACUUAAACACAAGUGGUGAAUUUCGUGUAUGUGCAGAUACCCAGAUGGUACAACAGGAUAUAGAACCUGGAAUACAUGUAUAUGUACAUUAUUUCACUCUCUAUGAUGUAAGAGCACGAGGAUUUGUUAGACCUAUGUGUCUAUCAUACAUAUCCUCUGACUCAAGGAAGCUUCUCCAUUACUUCUCCCAUCUAAGAUUGCAUUUUAGUAAGGCAACUGAAUAUUUGAAGCUGAGCAACCUCACUCGAUUCACAAACGAAAUGCAGGAACUGAUUACAGAUCUUGAAUACACAAAGGACCGCUAUAUCCAAGUUCAAAGGCAGUUUUCAGUUGAUAUGGAAUCCAGCCCAUUACCUCAAGAGAUGGCAAAAACCCCAGAAGAGAUACUAAACAUUCAGCAGUUGUGCGCCAAAAAUGAUGACCAAACUAAAGUACAAAGAGCAGUAAGAGAAAUAUUUAGCACAGCAGCAGCCACAGGGAUUCCCCACUACAAUGGGGUUUUAGAAGAGGCUGUUCCUACAAGUUUAGCAUCUCAAGGUUCAGACAAGCGAGACCUAGAGGAAGCAGGACAAAAACAAUCCACUUCAUGUGUGAGAUCUCUGACCCCAGUAUCAUGCAACCUGUUAAGUCCAGAUGAUGAUGAAGAAGCGCUCUUAAAACAUACAUCACUGGAAGCUGUUGCUAUGCAGCUUAUGGAGUGCCAGCAUAUUAUGGACAUUGUGAAACCUCAUAUGGACAAAAAGGAAAUUGAAGAAGACCUAGCCUGUCUUGCAAGCCAGAUUGUAUCCAAGCCCCAGUCGCCCCUUUAUAAGUCCAUGUCCAAGUUAUCUAUGCUUAAUACAGCCAAAGAGAAAACUAAGCCAGCCAUAUGUGUUUUGUCUCUGAUGAAAAGAAAUUUCCGUGAUAUGCGGUCCGUACAGCUUUUGUGUGGUGUGGGGUACAUCUCGUGUCUUAUAAAGCUGCAGUCAAUUCAUGAAAGGUUUAGUAAACCUUUCUUAACUUUGUUAUUUGAAGAUCUAGAUCGUGAAAUUCAUGAGAAUCCCUUUGGAUCUUUAUUUGUUGGCAAUAUUCCUGUCAUUAAUGUUGCCAAACGGAAAUGUGAUAGGCCGCCCGUGAAGCCAAAGUCAUAUUCAGCACUCUGCUGGGAUGAGCACUUUGUUCAGUUUCUGGAUGGGGAGGCAGUACACGAGACAACACCAGAAUCAGAAUACUCAGACGCCUUCGAUUUGCCCAAUGAUGGUCCUGAUGUGGCUGCAGCAGCUGACUGCCUUGAGGUAUUUCCAGUAAUGAAAGCAUCUGGCAGUGGCACAACAAGGCCAACACAGAGGAAGGAAGGCCUGGCCAAGGUUUCAGAGAAUAAGGAAAGCCUGGAGUCAAAGCCUGACCUGCCUUUACUUGGUGAAAGACAAACAGAUGAUAACACAGGGGCUAGUGAGCUCAGUCACCAGGAUCCAAGUCAAGAUGCAGGUGGUGUUGGUGGGAGUCAGCAUAGCAGCAGUAGUGGCAGCAGCUGGGCCUCUAUAAUGCCAGAUCUAGCAGGAUUUGAGGAGAUUGAAGAGGAAGAAGAAGUGCAAGAAGAUAUUGCUAUGGCACUUGGAGAAGAACUCAUCACAUAUGUUGGCAUUAGAGAACGAAUUAUUGCAAGUAAAGCUUGUCGUCUUUCUGGACUAGUACAGCAGUUUUGUGGAGUGUCACACUGUCUCAUUCACUCACUGCUGUCUGGACGACCCGUUGUCCUUGCUGCAGCUGACCAGUAUCGCUCUUUGGUAAUGCUGUAUGUACGGGCACUAUCUACUUUACUUCCACGCUCACCACGGCAAAAACUGCCCAUGUUAAGGUGGCACACUGGCACCAUCACGAGUUUUCAUAUUCAGCAUUACCGUGUGGUAGGGCUGUGUAUCCCAGAGAGACUUCAUGUUCAGGAUCUCAUGUCUAAUUCUACUCUGAAUCAAGUCACCGUCUUGAAUAUUGAAACUGGCCACAUAUCAGGGGUAGCAUACAGUGGAACUCUGGUACGAGGAGUGGAACAAUAUGGCCGCAGACUAUUUCACUCCAACUCAGCACUUCAGGCAGCUUUACAAGCAAUUCUGGUUACUUUGGGCUUAAAGAUAUAUUUGUUAUACCAUCUUCUUGAGACUACUGAUCGUAGUGCCAAUGAUAUACUGAAGGGAAUAGGAAUAGCCAAAGGAGACUGGGACAUUAUAAAAUAUUUGACUGGCUUAAUACAGUCACAACUAAAAAAUGCAUAAAUUUGUCCUGAUGGCAAAUUAGUACUUAAUUUGAUGAUAAAAUUAUAUACACAAAUGAAGAAUACUUCCAUUAACAUGUUAAAGUAUUUUAGGUAAUAUUGUGAUGAUAAUUUCUUUACACGGAUGUAAUUGUACAUACACUUAUGGAUGUGUUCAUUGUUUAUUGGUUUAUAUAUUUGAUAAAAAAAUAUGACUAAUGGUUAAACAAAUUUAUGUAUUUAAGUGUGAUGUUUUUUUCUGAUGUGAUGUGAUGUGACUAUUGAUAAGCAUAUUUAGUGUAUUUAUUUAUAGGGAAGGUCAAUAGAAAUUGUCAAACAUUCAGUAUUGUACUUCAUAUAGUGCUGGUAUUGUUAUAGCCAAAGUUAAAAUGUGAUAAUCCUCUUUCAGUAUUUUUUAAGUAGAACAUAGAUCAUCAUUCCAAAAUGUUAUUUUGUAUCUUUUUGUAUAAAUUCAAUUAUAUUAUCCAAAUAUAUUCUUUGUAUUGUUUCUAAAUAAUACUUUUCCACAGUUUGGUAAAUUGGUUUUCUAUUUUGUGCUUGAAAAAAAUAUGGAUUCAAAAUUGUAUAGAAAUAUUAUCACUGAAUGUUUCUUACUAAUUUUUGAGUUUAGAAAUGCCUUUUUCUUUCUUUUUAUCCCAUUUUAAGAUAAUAUUGGAAUUAUUUCACCCAAGUUUCAUCCUUUCUUGAAUAACUUGUUAUAUGAAGUUGACACCAGUUUCAGGGCAGUGCCUACCUCUCUAAAUAAAAGCCUGAUGUAUGUAUGAUACCUCUGUGAUUUUUAGAAAUAGUUUAGAACCUAUUGACUUUAACCAUUGACUUGGGAAUAAAGGGCAACCCAGUCUUAGUAUUUGAAGAAAGAUUAUUGAAGGUGGGUCUUAUGUAGAAGAAAUGCCUACUUUGAUGACUUUGAUGUGUAAUUCAAAAUAAAAUGGGGGUAAAGUUUGCAAUGAAACUUCAUAUAAUUAACGGUGAAAGCUCUCUUAUCCAAAUAUAACAUAUCAGAGUUUUCCAGUCCUUCAUUCAGAAAAUGAGAAAAAGAUAGAAAAGGUACAUAUUAUGUAUACAGAAUAUUUUCUAUAUGGAAAUUAAAUGUUUAGAAAAAAAAACAUAUAAGGCAUAGGACUAAUAGAUAGAAGACUACAAUAUUUAAUGUUUUUAAACUGUAUUUUACAUGACAGCAAAAAGAUAAAAAAUAAACAAGAAAUUGCUCAAAAUAUCUAUUUACUGUUGGGCUUUAAGGCUGAUGAGUAAUACACUAUUACACUUUACCACUGUGGCUCAGUGUUUGCACCCUCAUCUUCAGUUGUGCUGUUAGAGCAAAUUUCCCCAUACUGCCCUUGGUAUCAGGAAAGGUAUCUACUGAGGCAAGAAUGACACUGUUUCAUUGAAAGCCCUCAAAGGUAUGGGAUUCUGACUAUAAACCAGGGAUAAGCUGUUCCAGAUGAAAUUGUAAGAAUAUCAUAUCCCAUGCAAGUCAUAAUGAAUGAGGACAGGAAAAUACUUUGAGGAAUAUUUCAUGUGGAAGGAAAGUUCUGAGGUGUGUGAUAUCUUACACUUACAGUAUUUAUGUUUGUCUUGUCAAAUCCCAUGUCAUUUUGCAAAAUUGAACACAUAGCCACUUGCAGUCUGUGAUACAUAUAUUUUCUAUUACUAUGAAUAUGAUUAUGGGAAAUAUAGUGAUUAAUUAGGCAAAAUAAUUUUCCAGAUAUUGCACCAGAUAGUCAAUGACUAAGGUGUUUUCACUUUUGGAUAUUAGGAUAUUAGUAUUAAUGCUGUAUGAUGAGUUUAAUUUUACCUUAACCCAGUUAGUGUUAUCUGUAAAAUGCUAUUAUCUCAUACCUAAAACUAAUGUUCAUGGUAGGUAAAUCCAUGUUUUCCUUUUUAUCCCUCUUAUUGAAGGCAUCAGUUCCAAUAAAAACAAAAAUUGUCAUAGAAGUAAUCAAAUGACCCAAGAUAAUUUUCCUAUGCAGGGAAUUUCUUUGCAGUAAGGGCUGCAUGACAUAGAUAGGAGCAUAUAAUCACUUUUGUUUCAAUAAUCAUGUGUUGAAAUCCUGCAUAUAUUUUUUUAUAUGCAUUUCAAUAACAACCUCGCUGGUUCAUUAUUUGCAACAUUUUCAAAUUAGAUUCCCUUGGCAAAUUAUUAACUGGAAUCUGGGAGUACAAAAUCAUCUUGGAGCAACAAUCUUGUUCAAAUGUAAAGUUGAGGUAAAAAUCACAAUAAAUGUGAAACAGGAAUUGGUCCAAUACUACAGAGAUUUCCUGAUCAAUUUUGAGGUUUAUGUACUCAGCUUGUAAUGUAAUGUAUCUUGUAAAGGAGAAAUCCAAAUCCAAAAUAGUUUCUUGCAAAAUAAGUUGUAAUAAAUUUUAGUCUAAAGCACACUUGUU